UUCACACUCGCCUUCCGUCGAUCAUUAUCCAAAUUUAUAUAUUUUUAAGUUGGAAUUCUCCGUCCGAGCCCUUGUCAAAUUGCUGCUGUGUAAAAUUUAAUACUGGCGCAUUUGUGCGAAAGACCAUUGGUUAUCUAAUGAUUUACGGACCAUGUCGCGCCUCAUAAUUCUUAUACCGCUUUUUUUGUGGCAAAUCGGAGCAACUUUCGGAUUGGAUCCACAGACCUUUAAUUUCACCCUGAAUUUCGACUUAACUCCGAUGACGUUGCGCGAGUGCAAUGCCCGGCCCACGAAUUACUGCGGACCAAAGUCGCUAGCUUUAUCCGACUGCCGUCACCUGCAGAAGCGUUCGCCAGGGACCUAAAAGGCAGAGUGCAGCGAUAACUGCCUGGAAGUCGUACCUUGUCAAAAUGGGAUUAAGCAUAAAUGACAGCUCGACAGUUAUUAAUUCUCAUAUUACACUUUCCUGCUGGAGUUCAAAGGCGACAAAGCAGGAUGUGGGAGCCAGGCCCUGCCGAGCGACCUCUGCAUGAUUGUCGGGCUGAAGGAUUCCUGCGCGGUCUGCGUGAACUGCAGUCGACAGGGACGCUAUGCGAUGUCAUACUGAAAGGCUGCGAAGAAUCCGCAGUGGGCAUUCCUUGCCAUCGCAACGUCCUCAGCGUGCAUAGCGCCUACUUUCGGACCGUUUUCACCCAGGACUGGAAAGACUCGUCGCAACCAAUAUUCCAGCUGCGCAACAUCGACAGUCGCACCUUGAACGAGUUAGUAAAGUACGCCUACACGCUGGAUCUUAGCCUCAACGCUGACAACGCGGCGUCCAUCUUGAUUGCCGCGCAGUUUCUGCAAAUGGAACCGGUGGUCCGGCUCUGCUGGAACUACGUGGAGCAGCACAUGCGCCUGUGCAACUGCCUGACCGUGUAUGCACUAGCUUCUAAUCACCACAACCCUCCACUGGCUGCCACCGCCGUGAGCUUAAUACGCCGACACUUCGUGCGCUUGUCGCAGGACAAACAGUUUCUGGAGAUGGACUCCCAACAGCUGACUGCAGUGAUCGUGUCGGACGACGUGGACGUGGGCAGCGAGGAUCAGGUGUUGCACACUGUGCUGCGCUGGCUGGAUCACGACCGUCCCGGACGACUGGCGCACGUGCUCGCCGUCUUGAAGGGUGUUCGCGCUGCCUUGCUCAGCGCCCAGUGUCGGUUCGCCUACUCGCAGGUCCUCGGAAGUGUAGCGACGCUGAUGCCGUCCUGUCUAGUCGACGAAAUGCCGACCCGUGACAUGCAGAACAGUACACCGCGACAUUCGAUCGGUGCGCAGGAAGUGAUCCUCUGCGUGGGCGGUGACGGUGUGGAUGGGAAGGUAGUGGCGACGGUAGACGUUUUCUGCCCAUCGACAGCGACCGUGUGGCGCCUGCAGGAUUUGCCAACCAGGGUGGAGCUGUGCACGGCAGUGCUGGCGGAUCCAGGUUGGAUGAUAAUCUCCACCCGUCGCGGCCUCAAAACCAUUCAACGCGACGUCCGCUACACCGACCUGUCCGGAACAUGGCACAGCAUCGCCCCGAUGCAAACACUACGCCAUGCCGAAGGCCUGGCCGCCUUGGAUGGUCGUGUUUAUGCCGUCGGUGGGUACGGUCUGUAUUCGGCUGAAAUGCUGGCGUCCGUGGAGGUGUACGAUCCCAGUGUGGAUUCCUGGAGCGCCGCCGCCCCUCUUCCCGUUGGUCUGGCUUAUCCGGCCUUGGUGGCGUGUGGCGGGCGGUUGUAUGCGUUUGGCGGAGAUAGCACGGAGAACUAUGGCCAUCACGGUGGUCGUGCUGCAAUAGCAAGGGCGACAUCGUCGGCGUUUGCCUACGAACCCGCAGUCGAUACGUGGAGCAGACUAGCCGACAUGCCGACCGCACGCAGCGUGUGCGUUGCCUCUGUGGCUGCCAGCGGGCUAAUCUACGUUUUGGGUGGACAUCUGCAUUCUCACGGUCGUGCGGACGUGGAUGCGUACAACUGCGUGACCAAUCAGUGGGUGAGGAAAAGGCGAUUUGCUGAAGCCGCGAAAAUACCCCGCCUGCGUCUGCCUGGACGGGAAGUUGUACGUUCUCGGUGGACGCGGGAGUGAGGAGGACGGGCAUGACACCAUUGAAGUAUAUGACGAAGAAACUGACCGCUGGAUGCU